ACAACCUCCGCCGCGGCAGCCACUAGUACCUCGACAACAGGUCCCUUGCAUCAGCAGCACCAGCGCGUGGAGAGUGGCGACGAGGAUGAUGCCAGGUCGGUGACCUCCUGCCCGGUGGCGACGACACAACCGGAGGGGUUGACUUUGGAGAGGUUGGUAGCUCAAAUACGGGAACUCCAAGCCCGGGUGCAGGGUAAGAGACCUGUAGUUUCGCGAGGACACCCUUUCGCAGAGGAUGUCCUAGGAGGGGAUUUGCCUAGCAACUUCAGGGAGUUGAGUUUGUCCUUUGAUGGAUCGGCGGACCCAACCAAGAACUUGAGAUCGUUCGACAACAUAGAUGUGCUGCACAGGUAUAGUGAUGCUGUGUGUUGCCGAGCCUUUGUGAUGACAUUAAAGGGGUCGGUGCAGGAUUGGUUCCAUCAGCUGCCAGCAGGAUCUAUCGAUUAUUUUGAGAAGUUCAUCUCUCCGUUUUUGAAUCAAUUUGCGAGUGCCAGGAAGCACGAGAAGACAUACCUCUCGUUGAUUAAUAUGCAGCAGAAGGAAGCGAAGACCUUGCGGCAAUACGUAACGCGGUACACUAAGGAAUGCGUGGAGGUCCCUUCUACCUCGGAAGAAGUCAAAGCUGGAGGCCUUACUCGAGGAUUGAGGCCUGGGAAGUGCAGAGAUUCAUUGGCGAAGUGGCCGGCGAGGUCCUUUGACGAGCUGCUUGAAAGGUGUAGGCAAAUAU